ACGUAUCGCAUCGACGUUCGAUUCAUUUGGACUAGGGAUUGUGCUACUGCUAGUCGUUUAAGCGGAGCUGAAACAAAUCGAGCAUGAUAUAUUUUCCUUAGCUAUAAACUUGCUACGUAUUCCACAGGUUGUUGCCUUUGGCAGGAUGUCAGGAUGGCAAGUGGCCCUGGCUUGCCGGACAGCCUGGUGCUGGAAAUCUUCUGGCAUCUCCCUCAUAAGGCAGUACUGAGCGCUGGGUUCACCUGUCGUCAGUGGUUUGCGGUGUCGCGGGAUGAGUUCCUCUGGAAGGAGCUCUUCUACAACUACUACUGCAUCCCGCGCUCUGUGCCUCGCCACCCUGCGGCUGUGUCGUGGUACAGGGAGUUCAAGCGGCUGUAUGACUGCAUUCCCUGUGUGGAGGUUCAGACUCUGAAGGAACAUCAUGAUCAGGUCCUGCAUUUGGCCUUCUCUCACCGUGGACAUCGCUUCUCUUCCUGCUCCAAAGACUGUACUGUUAAGCUUUGGGACACAGAGCGAUCAGAUGGCAACAUCUCUUUGGUUCACAGCACCAGCAUGCGGCAGUUUAACUGGGGCUACACUCAGUUCUCACAGUUUAACGCUGAUGACACCCUGCUGCUGGUCUCAGGGGUCUACCUGGGCCCACAUCACUCCUCCUCUGGAGAGAUUGCAGUCAUCAGUUUGGAGAACUACACUCUGCUGUCCCGUGUGAGAAAUAAGCCAUACGAUGUUUUUGGCUGCUGGCUGAAUGAGACUCACCUCAUCUCUGGUAACCUGCACUGGAUUGGCAACAUGACCUCCUGCUCUGUGCUCUGGCUCAACAAAGCCUUCCAGGACAUCGAGUCAGAAAAUGUGAAUGUGGUGAAGCGUCUCUUUAAGAUCCAAAACAUCAAUGCCAGCACUAUCCGCACAGUGAUGGUGGCCCACUGCCGUCGACACGACUCUCCUGACCUCCUUCUGGACUAUGAAGCUCAGUCACAGGCACAAGCUCUAGCUCAAGCCCAGCGGACACAGCAGCACCAGCCUCUCUUUUUUGAUCUGGGAAACACAGACAGUGAAGAGGAGGACGAUGAGCAUGAUGAGGAUGAAGAGGAUGAGAAACGAGGAGAAAAAAGAGUGUCAGCACAUCUGCCCUUAUGUAACCCAUCCGGGAUUCAGCAUGUUAUACACGGUCAUCACAGCGUAGCCACGCAUGAUCGAGAGUUGGAGACUAAGGUGGCCAGGUUGAUGGGCAGCAGACGCACCAAAGCUCCUGAUCCAAACCUGGUCUCUCCAACAGCUCCUGGAGAAGGAGAGGACAAGACCUACCUCCUCUUCACCACCGGCAGCCUUACCUACUCGCCUCACCAAAUAGGCAUCAAGCGGAUAAUGCCUGAUCAAAUGACGACGUGCGGUCCUGUGUUGGGAGAGGAGCGCAGUACAGAUGAAUUCUUUGACUCACUGGAUCAUGUGAUCGACAUACACGGCCACAUCAUUGGAAUGGGUCUGUCACCUGAUCAUAGGUACUUGUAUGUGAACAGUCGAGCGUGGCCAGCGGGCUGUGUGAUCUCUGACCCCAUGUGCCCUCCUCCCAUCGCAGAGGAGAUCGACCUGCAUGUGAUUGAUCUGAAGAGUCUUAGAGAAGAGCGCCGCAGCCUUCGAGCCCACCGGGCCUUCACACCCAACGAUGAGUGCUUCUUUAUCUUCCUUGAUGUCAGCCGAGACUUUGUCGCCAGCGGGGCUGAGGACAAGCACGGUUACAUCUGGGACCGGCACUAUAACAUCUGCCUGGCUCGCCUGAAACACGAUGACGUGGUCAACUCUGUGGCCUUCAGCCCAGCAGACCAGGAGCUGCUGCUGUCCGCCAGCGACGACUCCACCAUUAAAGUGUGGCGCUCGCCACGUAUGGUGCGCCUCGCUGAGGCACUCCAACGCCCCCCUCGGGCUCGCAAACUGCUCUCCUCCUUGUUUGGCCACAGAAGUGCUAAUCUGAAUGGUAAGCCCUGACCUAGACGCUGGCGGGGGCAACGCAUGAGGAAAGCAACACAGAAAGACACUCCAUGAGCAGAACGAAACGUGUGAGGUCAAGAAACUGAGGAUUCCACGUGGUUCCUACGAGAACAAGGAUACAUGUAUUCCUUAGUGGCCUUUUUGCAGAACGUACUGUGACCAACAGAUCACUGGGAGAUGAAAAGCGAUGUCUUUGGAAUGCUAUAUUUCUGAAAGAUCAAUGAUGCACAUGAAAACGUGGAAGACAUGCAUCAACAGUAUAUGUGAAUUCAAGAGCAAAGAACCAAGAAUUCAAAGAGAUAUUAAGGUCACAUUCACAUAUAUGUGCGUCACGUGUGCAGUUUGUGAGUCCAUUUAACCCUGUCAUAAAGAAUGGAGCGCCACUUUUGCAUGUCUGCACGUUUGUAAUUUCUGUUGUUUUUUUUUCUUCCUGUUUUUAGUAGAUGUUAUACAAGCAACCUAAUGAUCAUAACAAGGACAUGGUCAGAGUAUUGAAAUACUAACAGAGAAAAAAUACAAUUCUGCUACAAAUUUACAGCACAAUUAUGUCACUGGUGUUUUAUCUCUGUUCCAGUUUUAUGUAAAGGAGGAGCAGUUUAAUUUAACAUCAUUACAGAACGACAAUGCAGAUGUUUACUCCUGAGCUACCCCAUCUAUGCCUUUAUUAUUGAAAUCAAUUGUAUCCGUUGUGCACAUGGUUUGUGUCAUACAGGUUUUAACAAUCAUACUAUAUUGAUGUAAAUGUAAAAAAAAUCCAAAGAGACUCCAAGCCUUCAUGUUGAACUUUGUUGUUCGCUUUAUACAAUCAUUUGGUUUUAACUUGCACCAGUGCUGCACUUCUGUUAUGGUGGAAUAUUUAUUUUAUAUUUACAUCAAGUACAACAUAUUUCAUGAGAAUUUGUGCAGGUGUGAUUAAUAAAACUACCAAAAAGCUGAAGAAAAAAGGUCAAACAACGACCAUUUACAGUAGGUGCGUUUCAUUGAGAUACUAUGCAGCAUCAGGGCAACUUUGUGUCAUAAGCAUACAUUGUUUACCAGCAUUAAAUAUUCAGCAAAGGUGCUCAUUUAUUAUUAUGAAAAAGUGACUCUAAUAUGCUCCCCCAUGCCUAACAUAUAUGAUCUAUAUAUGUAAAGCUCAGCUGUAAUGUUAAUCAUGCAUAUUACUUUUUGUUGAUUUCCUUUUGGUUCCUUGAGAUUUUAUUUAUCUUCAGCAGGCGAUUUCAAUCUGAUCUUCUAAUAAUAAUUUAGUUGGAGUUUGGAUCAUGGCGUGCAGCAUUCGUCUCUGUAGUUGCGAGUACAUCAGUGGUUUUGUUUUUAAUGGACCGGAUUCCCUGUGACAUUUGUUUGCAUCUGAUUUUCCCACAUGCUCAGUAGAUUUUGUAUUGUGGGAUGUGUACAAUUUGUUUGACCCAUUAAAACUUUUUCUUUUACCAGACGCAAUGUGAAUUUCUUGUUUUUAUAUCCCAUGUUUGUAUUUUUCGUGAAGACUAGGACUGGAUAAAAUAUACAUACCGCUUUAGAGAAAAGAUCAUAAUGUUUUUUGGUAUUACAAAUGGAUAUGGUUAGCACACAACAAUUUAGCAUUUCAGAAAAAUCAUAAAAUUAAAUAUA